AUGCAAAAACAUGGCAAUGCUAUUGAAAAGAAUAAAGAUGGUCAAAAUACAAAAGCACUUAUACGACAACUAGUUAGAGGUAAUUUAUUAACAUUUGAUGAUCCAGAUAAAUGUAUUGAUGAUAUAACUGAUCAACCACCAACAAAACGAGUAUUUCUUAUUAUUUCAAAUGCAUUUGGUCCUCAUAUUAUACCACUUAUACAUGAAUCACCGCAUAUACAAACGAUAUAUAUAUAUUGUGGUGAUCUAAAAAAAGCUGAAGCAUGGGCUAAGCCAUAUUCAAAAAUUUCUGGUAUAUUCACAAAAAAACAACCGUUAUCACGUAAAAUUUGUAAUGAUAUUAAUUUAUGUGAUAAAGAUGGAGAUUUACCCAUGAGUGUAUUUCAUCUUACAGAACGAGAAAAUACGUUACAACAGUUAACUCAAGAAAGUGUAACAUUUAUGUGGUAUAGAUUAAUAUUAAUUGUUCUUCGAUUAAUGGCAAAAUAUGGUAAUUCAAAAGAUGAAAUGAUUGCUGAAUCUCGAGCAAGUUAUUAUAAUAAUACAAAUGAACAAAUGAAAAUAAAUUAUUUUGAACAAUACUAUUUUCCAACAAGAGCAUUUUGGUGGUAUACAUAUGAUAGUUUUGUAUAUCGAUUAUUGAACAGAGCUUUACGAACACAAAAUACUGAAAUUAUAUUUAAAUUUCGAUUUUUUAUCAAUGAUCUUCAUAAUCAAAUCGAACAACUUUAUUAUCAAUAUUUAGACGAACAUUCUUCUAUUAUUGAUCAUCAUCAUUUAACAGUCUAUCGUGGUCAACGUUUAAAUAUGAUAGAACUUGAUCUACUUAAACGUAGCGUAAAUGGACUUAUUUCAAUGAAUAGUUUUUUAAGUACUACGAUGGAUCAAGCAGUAGCGAAAAUUUUUGCAGAUACAAGUGAUCAAUUGAAUGAACCAUCACCAUUACAAUCUGUUCUUUUUAAAAUUGACAUUUAUAAUAUGAAUAAAGAAAUGACACCAUUUGCAAUUCUUAGAAAUUCUUCGUGUUGCCAAGGUCAAGAUGACGAACAAGAAGUACUUUUUACAAUAGGUGCUAUUUUUAAAGUUCAAUCAGUUGAACAACAUAGUAAUAUGUGGCAUGUUCAUUUACAAUUAAGUAAAGAACAAAAUGAAAUUAGUCAAAAUCUUUCGAAAUAUAUGAUGAACCAAAUUAGUUCGGAACCAGAUCCAUUAUUAUUUGCUUGGUUUCUUUUUCGAAUGAAUAAAUUUGAGGAAGCUGAACGUUAUAUGAAAUUGAUACUUUCAAAACUUCCAUCGGAUGAUAAAGCAAUUGGAAAUGCUUAUAACUUACUUGGUCUCCUCUAUAAGGCUACUCAUCGUCUAGAAGAAUCUGUUGAAUGUUAUCAGAAAGCCCUUGAUAUUUAUACUCAAUUGAAUUAUCACAAUAGUUCACAAAUUAUUGCUACUCAUUAUAAUCUUGGUUUGGUUUAUUUGACAUUAGGAGAUAGUCGAAGUGCAGAAGAACAACAAAUACAAGCUGAAGAAAAAUUAUCUAAAUCGCCACAAAUACAGGAUUCAUUACUUAGAGCUCAAGUAGAAGGUCUCAAAGCAAAAAUUCAAACAGAAUAUGGUGAUAAUACAAAUGCUUUGAAAAGUCUUGAAAAAGUUUUAAAGGAUAAAGAGCAGCGAUUACCACCGAUUCAUUCUUCGAUAGCUUCAACAUUGAAUGAUAUAGGUAUUGUACAUGAAAAUAUGAACAAUAAUGUAAAAGCAUUUGAAUAUUUUAAAAAAGCAUUAGAAAUUGGGAAGAAAAGUUUACCACCUGAUCAUUUGGAUUUAGUUGAUUAUUAUACAAAUAUUGGUCGUAUUUAUGAUAAACAAAAACAAUUUCAACUUGCUUUGGGACAAUUUCAAUUAGCAUUACAAAUUAUGGACGAUUAUCCACGGGAUGAUAUUGAUAGGAUUUUCAAACUAAAUACAUAUAUCACUGACAUGACAAAAAAAUUGCGUCAAUCAUAA